CCGGCGGCUUGGGCUUACGUUUACCUUGCGCCGGAAAGAGAACUUGUGAACGCUCUCGGAAUUAUGGCGGCGGUGGAUAUUCGAGACAAUCUGCUGGGAAUUUCUUGGGUUGACAGCUCUUGGAUCCCUAUUUUGAACAGUGGUAGUGUCUUGGAUUACUUUUCAGAAAGAAGUAAUCCUUUUUAUGACAGAACAUGUAAUAAUGAAGUGGUCAAAAUGCAGAGGCUGACAUUAGAACACUUGAAUCAGAUGGUUGGAAUCGAGUACAUCCUUUUACAUGCUCAGGAGCCCAUUCUUUUCAUCAUUCGAAAGCAACAGCGGCAGUCCCCUGCUCAAGUUAUCCCACUAGCUGAUUACUAUAUCAUUGCUGGAGUGAUCUAUCAGGCACCAGACUUGGGAUCAGUUAUAAACUCUAGAGUGCUUACUGCAGUGCAUGGUAUUCAGUCAGCUUUUGAUGAAGCUAUGUCAUACUGUCGGUAUCAUCCUUCCAAAGGGUAUUGGUGGCACUUCAAAGAUCAUGAAGAGCAAGCAAAAGUCUGGAGAAAAGCCUGUUCCAGUGGAUCAGACAAAGAAAGAGGCAGAACCUGUACCAGAAACUGUAAAAUCUGAGGAGAAGGAAACCACAAAGAAUGUACAACAGACAGUGAGUGCUAAAGCCCCCCCGGAAAAACGGAUGAGACUUCAGUGAGUAUUAGACAAGAGAGAAGCCUGCAAAACUCCUCAUGCCAGUUGUUGUACCUCAGUACUGUGGCUCUUGAGCUUUAAGGUACUUUAUUGGAAUCAUCUUAUUUGUGUGGAAUGCACUUAUUCUUUAAGAAAGGGUAUUAGGCCGUGUGCAGUAGUUCAUGCCUGUAAUCCCAGCACUUUGGGAGGCCGAGGUGGAUGGAUCAUCUGAGGUCAGGAGUUUGAGACCAGCCUAACCAAUAUAGCGAAACCCUGUCUCUACUAAGAAUACAAAAAGUAGCUGGGCAUGGUGGUGGGCGCCUGUGGUCCCAGCUACUCAGGAGGCUGAGACAAGAGAAUUGCUUGAAUCUGGGAGGCGGAAGUUGGAGUGAGCCGAGAAUCACGUCAUUGCACUCCAGCCUGGGCGACAGAUCGAGACUUCAUCUCAAAGAGAAAGGAUAUUAUUCCCAUCAUGAUUUCUAGUGAAUAUUUGUUAUAUAUCUUCUGUAACCUUUUCUCUCCUGGACUUGUGCAGCCUACCCACUCACAUGUUUACUGGUAGAUAUGUUUAAAAGCAAAAUAAAGAUAUUUGUAUAUAUUGCUUCAUUAUGACUUUUUUCUUUGUCCUGCCUGAUAUUUUUCAGAUGCAUUUUGAAGACACAAGGGAUGUGAAAGUAGUAACUAAGCAUAUUUCCCUUUGUUAGUUAUAUAUUCCUCAGUAUUUAGUUACUGACAUUUUGAAAGAUGACAAAAAGGAAAAACCUCACUCACCAAUACCAUUACCCUAUAAAUACUGUAACAGUGUUGUGAAUUUUAAUCUUACUCUGUGUGUAGAUAAUUUUUUUUCAGUAAAGACAAGGACUGUAUUUUUUGUUAACAGCUAUAGAGGCUGAGAAGUCCAUCAUUGAGUGGCUCCAUCUGGUGAGGGCCUUCUUGCUGGUAGGAAGUCUGCAGAGUCCCUAGGCAGCACAGGGUAUCUCAUGACAAGGGGGCUGAGUGUGCUUGCUGCAUGUAGGUGCGUUUAAAACUGUACUUUAAUCAUUGCUUUCAUACAGUUUUACUUUAUUGUAUCUAUUGUAAGCUUUUUCCCAUGUUUACAUAGUUUUUAUAGACUGUUUUAGUGUCUGAAUGAUUAUAUCUCAGUUUUCUUUCUGUGUUACACUUGGGAUUUUUCCCAGUUUACAUUGUUUUAAAUAAGACCGCAGUGAUUAUAUCUUUGUAUAAUGCCUUUUCAAUAUUUGGUAUUUAUUUAUUUAGGAUAGAGUUCCAGAUGUGAUACCACUGAGUGUCUGCAUUUUUAUUGCUCUUAGUCCAUAUUGCUAAGUUGUCCCUCAGAAGGUUGGACUAGUCAUCAAAGUAUGAAAUAUGUACCAGGUUUUCCAGAAUUGCUACCACUGAAUUUUGUCACUUAAGUUUUUUGUGUUAAGUAGCAAAAGUGAUGUUUUAGUAUUUAAAGUGGUUGAACAAUUUUUCAUCUUUGUUUUCUGCUUUUAUGAAAUGUCUGAUUUUAUGUAUUAUGAGAGAUUUUUGUCUUUGAACUUUUUAUCUUGACAUAAUUUCAGGCAUACAGGAAAGUUGUAAGAAUA